AAGAGCGAGGAGGGCCAAGGGAGCCGCCGAGUGCCAUGGCCGAACCCCGGCCGGGCUGCGUGUCGCCGCUGCCGGCUCGCAGGGGUCUCUGCUGAGCCGGGGGAGGCAGCGAGCGCCGCGGGGCGAGUCACCUCUGCCUAUCCAUGGAGCAACAGCCGUCACGGGCGGCUAGAGACAGCGCCAGCGCCGCCCGGGGCUAAGAGUGCGCGGACAGACUCUGACCCGCCCGGCCCGGCCCAUCCGCGGAUCUCCCUGGGUGAGCGCAGCGCGAGGAGAAGGCGGAGAAGGCGGACUACGAGGAGGAGCUGCGGUAGCGGCAGCAGCCCGACCGGGGCUGCCCGGCCGGCCACUGCGGGGCCGCAGAGCCGGGCGCUGCGCUGCGCUCGUGUGCGCCCAGCCUCGGCGGCGAUGCCGUGCCUCGGUUUGCUCUGCUUUUUGGCUCUGGGCUGGGGCAGCUCGGCCGGGCCCAGCGGCGCGUCCCCGCCUCCCUGCCCGGCUCCCUGCCGCUGCGACGGCGAUCGCGGAGUGGACUGCACCGGCCGAGGGCUGACGGCCGUACCCGGAGGUCUGAGCGCGUUCACCCAUUCCUUAGACAUCAGUAUGAAUAAUAUCACUCAGUUACCAGAAGAUGCAUUUAAGAACUUUCCUUUUCUGGAAGAACUACGAUUGGCUGGCAAUGACCUUUCCUUUAUCCACCCAAAGGCCUUGUCUGGGUUGAAAGAGCUCAAAGUUCUAACACUCCAGAACAAUCAGUUGAAAACGGUUCCUAGUGAAGCCAUUCGAGGACUGAGUGCUCUACAGUCUUUGCGUCUAGAUGCCAACCACAUUACCUCAGUCCCUGAGGAAAGCUUUGAGGGUCUCGUUCAGUUACGGCAUCUGUGGCUUGAUGACAACAGCCUGAGUGAAGUACCUGUCCGACCACUCAGCAACCUCCCAUCCCUCCAAGCUCUGACCCUGGCCCUCAACAAGAUCACGAGCAUCCCUGACUUUGCCUUCACCAACCUUUCAAGCCUUGUGGUUCUGCACCUUCAUAACAAUAAAAUUAAGACCCUGGGCCAGCACUGUUUUGAUGGAUUAGACAACUUGGAAACCUUGGACUUGAAUUAUAAUAAUUUGGGAGAAUUUCCUCAAGCAAUUAAAGCAUUGCCAAGCCUAAAGGAACUGGGAUUUCGUAGUAAUUAUAUUUCUGUAAUUCCUAAUGGAGCAUUUAGUGGAAAUCCACUUCUAAAAACCAUCCAUUUAAAUGACAACCCUUUAUCUUUUGUGGGGAACUCAGCCUUUCACAACCUGUCGGAGCUACAUUCUUUAGUCAUUCGGGGUGCAGGCAUGGUACAGGGAUUUCCUAACCUGACCGGAACCAUCAAUUUAGAGAGUUUAACCUUGACAGGCACCAAGAUAAGCAGUAUACCCAAUAAUUUGUGCCAGGAUCGAAAGAAGCUUAAGACUUUGGAUUUGUCCUACAAUAAUAUACAAGAACUUCCUAGUUUCAAUGGUUGCAGUGCUUUGGAGGAAAUUUCAUUACAACAUAAUCAAAUCCAUGAGAUUAAAGAGAGCACCUUCCAAGGACUUACUUCCCUGCGAAUCCUAGAUCUGAGUAGAAACCUGAUCCAAGAAGUUCACAAUGGAGCAUUCAUUAAGCUUGGGUCAAUCACUAACCUAGAUAUCAGUUUCAAUGAACUGACUUCAUUUCCAACAGAAGGACUGAAUGGGUUAAACCAGCUAAAACUUACAGGCAACUUUCAUCUGAAAGAAGCAUUAGCAGCAAAGGACUUUGUGAAUCUCAGGUCUUUAUCUGUGCCGUACGCCUACCAGUGCUGUGCGUUUUGGGGUUGCGAUUCAUACACAAACCCCAACGCAGAUGAUGCGGGCCCCGCCGACCAUAGCGUCUCAUCCAACCAGGAGAAAGGCAAGUCUGACCCAGCAGAUCUUACAGGCAGGACUGAGAAAGAAGAACAUAGCCAGACAAUUAUCCACUGUAGUCCUGCAACAGGUGCCUUUAAGCCCUGUGAGUAUCUGCUGGGAAGCUGGAUGAUCCGUCUCACCGUGUGGUUUAUUUUCUUGGUUGCCUUAUUUUUCAACCUGCUUGUCCUCGUAACAACAUUUGCAUCUCGUGCUCCGUGGCCUUCCUCCAAGCUGUUCAUAGGCCUGAUCUCUGUAUCUAACUUGCUCACGGGAAUCUACACUGGCAUCUUAACUUUCCUGGAUGCUGUCUCCUGGGGAAGAUUUGCUGAAUUUGGGAUCUGGUGGGAGACCGGCAACGGGUGCAAAGUCGCUGGCUUCCUUGCAGUGUUUUCGUCAGAAAGUGCCAUAUUUUUAUUGACGCUGGCAGCUGUGGAAAGAAGCUUAUCUGCCAAAGAGAUCCUGAAAAAUGGGAAGAGCAAUCAUCUCAGACAGUUCCAGGUGGCUGCCGUGCUGGCGUUUCUCUGUGCCGCAGUGGCGGGGUGCUUGCCCCUCUUCCACAGAGGAGAAUAUUCCGCCUCUCCCCUCUGCUUGCCCUUCCCCACUGGGGACACAGCUUCCUUGGGGUUCACGGUCACCCUCGUGCUCCUCAAUUCCUUAGCAUUUCUGCUAAUGGCUAUCAUCUAUACCAAACUUUACUGCAACCUGGAAAAAGAGGACCUCUCGGAGCACUCCCAGGCUAGCAUGAUUAAGCACAUCGCUUGGCUCAUAUUCACCAAUUGCAUCUUCUUCUGCCCCGUUGCAUUUUUCUCAUUUGCACCGUUGAUCACUGCAAUUUCUGUCAGCCCAGAGAUCAUGAAAUCUGUCACUUUGAUAUUCUUCCCAUUGCCUGCUUGCCUGAAUCCGGUGCUGUAUGUUUUCUUCAACCCCAAAUUCAAGGAAGACUGGAAGUUACUGCGGCGACACAUUACCAGGAAGAAUGGGUCCGUGGCCGUUUCCAUCAGCAGCCAGGGGGGUUGCGUGACCCAGGACUUCUACUAUGACUGUGGCAUGUAUUCCCACUUGCAAGGCAACCUGACUGUGUGUGACUGCUGCGAGUCCUUCCUUCUGACAAAGCCAGUGUCGUGCAAACAUUUAAUUAAGUCACACAGCUGCCCCGCGCUGGCCGUGGCGCCUUGCCAGAGGCCAGAUGGCUAUUGGUCUGACUGUGGCACACAAUCUGCUCACUCUGAUUACGCAGACGAGGAAGACUCAUUUGUCUCGGACAGCUCGGACCAAGUGCAGGCCUGUGGACGCGCCUGCUUCUAUCAGAGUCGGGGAUUCCCUCUGGUCCGCUAUGCUUAUAAUAUACCAAGAGUUAAAGACUGAAAGUCCCUGUUAAUAAGUUAUUCUUUUGUCACCCCUUGCCCCCUUUUAAAAAGUAAAAGUAUGCUUUUUCUCAAGUGUUGAACACACACUUUUCUGAAUUUUCACUGGGGAAGCACUUCUGAUUUCUCUGCCUGGUGUCAUUAAAAAGAAGAGGAGGUGGCAGGGUAAUCGCAUGCUGUACGUUUUCAAAGAACAGAGCCCUAAAUUGUAAUCGGCGAAGAUACCUUUUCCAAGCACUGUCCUUCCUUUUCUUUGGUUUUCUAACUUGAAAAUUUUUUAAUGUAUCCUAAUUGUAAUUAGUUUCAUCUGAUUUGCAAGAGACACGUUCAUCACCACUUCCCUGCUAAGCACAAGGUUAAAAACAGCUGUUAAUAUUAGAAAAUUAGUUUAAAAUGUGACUUCCUAUCAGGAAAAAAAAAUCCUUGCUAAUUUUGUAUAGUGUUUUCAGCAUUAAUCUCAGGACACUGUAGUGCAGAGCCAAUAAGGGAAGAGUCUCCCAGACAGAACUGUGAGGGGGGGUGUAGGCAUCCAAACUUGGGUUUAUGUUUCACCAUUUGACUCAACAGAAUAAGACCUUGUUUAAAGAAUUGAUGAACCCCCAAAUUUGCAAAGGCUAUUAAAUUAAAAAUAUUAACAGCUGUCAGAUUACAGUGGAAUUUGCAUGAUUAUUUUCUUCUAUUUUACAUGGUUUUAAUGUAUUUUUUUCUCCAUAUGCUGGGAUUGUUCAGAUCUUAGGACAAGAAGAUUUUAAAAGGACUAAAGAGCUUAGUAGAAUUAAUUGGUUAAAUGAGUGAAAUGGAAUUUUUAAAAACUACAUGUACGAUAUUUCAUAAAUCCAUCCGUUUUUCUAAGACGACACUCUUAUAACAUCAUGGGCCGUAUAGACAUCUUCUAAUUUGCAUGGUAUGGUAUCUGUUUAUGUGUUGAUUUAUACUGAAAUAAAAGUAGGCUUUGGGGAAUGAUUAGAUUUAAUUGGAAGAAACAGACUAAUUAAGACAUUUAAACAGAUAGUUUCCUAGUAUACUAGGUUCUCCCAAUACCCAAGGUACUGUCAGGAACCUGCAUUAAUUUUUUCUAGCAUUCUUAUAGUUCCCAAAGGUGUGCCUAAUUUAUAAGCAGGGAGUAGCUUAGAUAUUGGGAAGAUCUAGUGAGAUAAAAUAAGUUAAAAGUAGUACUGAGGUUUGAUAAACCUUUUGUCUUAAGUUAAAAAACUAACAAACAAGCAACCUAAUUCACCAAGCUUUAGUUGGUGGGCCUGUAGUUCAAGUCUUUUUGUGAAGUCUCAAAACCAGUCACAGCUGUCCAAUAUGUGUUUUGAACAGUAGGCUAAAUCUACUGAUUUAGCCAACCCACUGCCAUUACCAGUUUUUCUGGAGAUAAUAAAAAAAAAAAUUUAAGCUAGAUUGCAGUUUUAAAGUUGAAACUGUACAUACUGUGCAUAUAAUGAAUUUUUAUCUUUGUAUGUAAAUUAUUUGAUAGAACAUAUGAUGGGAAAUGUGGCUUCAGUUCAUUUUGUUAAUUAAAGCUACCUCCUAAGCAAUAGUGGCUGCAAGUAGCAGAAUGUUAAAUUGUGGUUUCUAUCCUUUUUUUUUUUUUUUUUGCAUUGUAAAUAAUCUUGGUUGUACAUUGUCAGUGUAAUAAAAAAAAAAAAAGCCAGAAUCUUUGUAUAUCAAAAUCAUGUAGUUUGUACAAAAAAUAUGGGAGGGAUUUAUUUACUGGUUGCUGUCAUUUUGUAAGGGCAACUAUUCACGAGUUUUAAAAAUUGCUGUUUGUAUAUUUACACAUCUCCUAAAUAUUAAAUAUUACAUUGGUAAAGAAUG